AUGUUUUUAUUUAAUAAUAAAACUACAAAAUCAAAUAAAGAGUUAUCAAAAACAAACAUUCUUAAGUCUGACGGAUACAUUAUAUUAGAUCAUAUAUCAAAUGGAAGUUACGGUGAAGUACGCCAUGUUAAAUAUAUACAAGAAGAUAACGAAUUAAAUUUGGUAGUGAAAAUAAUUGACACAAGACAGACGAGCAAGGAUUAUGUUUCUAAGUUUUUGCCUCGAGAGCUAGAUAUUAUACGUCAAAUUAAUCAUCCAUAUAUAAUAUAUACACACAGUAUUUUACAAAAGAAAGCGGUAUUAUUUGUUUUUAUGGCAUUUGCAGAAAGAGGUGAUCUUUUGCAGUAUAUUAUCGAUCAUGGGGCAUUAAAAGAAAAACAAGCUCGUAUAUGGUUUAGACAGGUAGCAUUAGCGGUGCAAUAUUUACACACAAUGGAAAUAGUACAUCGAGAUAUAAAAUGUGAAAAUAUUCUCAUUACCGAGCAUUAUACGGUCAAGUUAACAGAUUUUGGUUUUUCAAAAUUUGUAAGUUCUAAAAGACUGAACUGUAGUACUUAUUGUUGUUCAUUGGGUUAUGCACCACCAGAAAUAUUGACUACACGUCCAUAUGAUGGUAAAACAUCUGACAUAUGGUCACUUGGUGUGGUAUUAUAUGUCAUGCUUAACAAGAAAAUGCCUUUCAAUAGAAAAAACAUGAAGUUAAUGUACAAGCAACAAGUCAAACGAGAUUGGGAACAUCAACCUUCUGUAGAGAAAAUAAUAAGUGAGAAUGUGAAAUUGUGUAUAGACAAUAUUUUACAACCAGAGCCUAGAAAGCGUUGGACAAUUGAUCAAAUAUUGGAUAGUGAUUGGAUAAAAAUGAAUCGUAGAUUGGUUAACAUGACUGAACAAGAGUCAUUUGCUCUUGUUGAAGCCCUAAACCAAGAUAAAACAGUAUAUCAAAAACACUUAAAAAAGAUAAAAGCAGAUAGGUCAGACACUCAACAGAUAUUGGGCAAGAGAUCUCCAAGAUUUUUUAGUAUAGCACAACAAUUGGAAUCAAUAUCUAGUUCAAAUAGAGAAACAAAUGAUAGAAAUACAUCUAAAUACAUGUUAAAACGUUCACAACGUAUUGUUCACACUAAUAAUACAUUGGAUAACAAAAAUGACUUGACAAAAAAUUAA